CAAGAACACAGGCCACACCAAGGAGUGAAAGACGGGACCAGUGUGAAGUCCACAGUUCCUUCAUUAGAAUCAGAAGUGAGCUUCUUGACUUUCAAACACAUUUAUACCACACUUCUCAGAAGGCAUCUGUUGAGGCUGGACAGGAGUUGCAUUUUUAUUUCAGACUCAAGCAGAGCACUGACAAGCCGCCAUGGGCUUCAUGGCGUGGGGCUUCGUCACCAACUUCUUCACUUAUGAGACCACCAAGUCUGUGGUGGUCAAGAGCUGGUCUGUGGGCAUCAUCAACCGGAUUGUACAGCUGCUCAUCAUCGCAUAUUUUGUCGGCUGGGUCUUCAUCCAUGAGAAAGCUUAUCAGGUGACCGACACUGGCAUCGAGUCCUCUGUGGUGACCAAAGUAAAAGGCUUCAGUUACCAUGAGAGCAAUGUGAUGGAUGUGGCUGACUACAUCUUCCCCCCACAGGGUACAGGUGUGUUCUGCAUUGCGACCAAACUCAUCGUCACCAAAAAUCAGUUCCAAGGAAGAUGUGCAGAAUCUGAACAGAAGUUUAAGUGCACCACAGAUGAAGACUGUUCUCCUUCUCCAUCUCACACACCAGGAGUAAUAACAGGUGUUUGCCUUAAACCCUCCAAUGACUCAGCAGGUUUCUGUGAGAUCGAAGGAUGGUGUCCAGCCGAGAAUGACAAGGUUACAGUUGAUCCAAUGGAUGUGAAAAACUUCACCAUCUUCAUCAAAAACAGUAUUCGCUUUCCGCGCUUCGGUGUCACAAGAGGGAACAUUCCCCCCACAAUGACGUCCAAAGAGAUCGAGAACUGUACUUACCAUCCGGAGACUUACCCCUUAUGCCCCAUAUUUCGUGUGGGGGACGUGCUGAACUACACCGGGCAGAAUGUGUCUACGCUGGCUAUUGAGGGGGGAGAAAUAGGAAUAAUCAUUGAGUGGAAGUGUAACCUGGACCUGGACAUUACGUAUUGCUUACCCAAGUACACUUUCACACGACUGGACGCACCAUUUGCCAACAAUUCAGUCUCCAAAGGCUACAACUUCAGAUUUGCCAAAUAUUUCAAAGGAGAGAAUGGGACUGAAUUUCGGACACUUUACAAAGUUUUUGCCAUCCGCUUUGAUGUUAUAGUCACUGGCAUUGCAGGAAAGUUUAAUACAAUCCCAACAAUGAUCAACUUGGUAGCAGCCUUCACCUCUGUUGGACUGGCUGCAGUUCUCUGUGAUGUUAUCUUGCUGAACUGCUUGAAAGGGGCAGAGCAGUACAAAGCCAGGAAGUUCGAAGAGGUGUCAGAGGCUCAGAUAGCAUCUAUCAAUCAGAGCUCAGGCAGCUGUCUGUCACUCAGACCAGACAAGAGCUCCUGUGACUCUGGAGCUGUUUCCCUCUCUAAUUCUGACCAACCUCUCUGACUGACAACAUACGACAGUCUGUAGGAAUGGACACUUCUUCUUUCCCUUACUGCCUUGCAAGAGAUUCAUUACACCUUUUCUGGUUGUCAGCAUUCUUCAAUUAGUGUAGGUUUUGCA